AUGUCACCGGAGGCCGCGGCAGCCUUGACACCAGAUGGCGUCGACCGAGCCAUUUACGGCAGCAUCAUGACGUUUGUACUCGAGAUAUUUACCAUUACCGGCACGUGGACCAUCAAGGCUUGUCUUCUGAUACUUUAUUCUCGUCUCACGAGACAUAUUCUAGCCAAGCAAUACCUGAUGGUCAAGAUUGCGGCAGGCUACUGUGUAGUUACAUAUCUUGUCGUCAUCUUCAUGUUCGUUUUCUACUGGUGCAGUCCGACGCCCGAAUACUGGGCCGUCCCUGUCCGAAUUGACCAAUGCGCCACAUAUUACAACCACAUGAUCUUUGCAACAGCUUGCAAUAUAUCAUCCGAUAUCCUGCUACUACUAAUUCCUAUUCCUAUUAUUUUCAAGACGCGAUUGCCCACAAAGCGAAAGAUUAUUCUCGUUUGUAUCCUCGGCUUGGGUGUAUUCAACAUCCUCGCCGCCAUCCUAAACCGAUACUACAACUUCAGCAACCCCAACUCGUACGUAUUCUUGUACUGGUACGUUGCCGAGGUAGGAAUCGCCAUGUUGGUUGGAAAUAUGCCACUGUGCUGGCCGGUGUUCCGAACAGUGUUUGGCGGCACCGAAACGACUGAUACCCCGUCAUACCAUGGAUACACCAUCAGCGGAGGAGGCCGCAAGAACAAGAAACCAAAAAAUAUUCUCAGCACGACUAUCCUGGGGUCAACAAUGUGGGAUAAACUGGACGAACAGGAAGGCUCAGGCGUCGUGACCCAAGGCUCCCGGGAGCAACAACCUCCGUCAGAUCAGGGAAGCCAAAUCGAAUUGGUUCUACAAGGACACGCGCAAAAUCAUCACCACCACGCUGCUGUCAGCGCGAAUCCAGAACAGACAGACGGGACACACCGAUCAGCGGCCCUGCCGUCCUGCAGCACAGGAAGCAGUCAGCAGGGGGCGAAGGAAGAUAAAAUUGUGGUUGUCACUACGGUAGACGUUUCUUCAACCGAUUCUCACAAAUAA